AUGAUACCCGGUGAGUGCCUAACUAUCUUCACGAGUCCGUUUUUUCUGUGGGAUUUUCUAGCUCCAAAAAUCACCAACACGAAGUUCAUUUAUGAUGUCCCUGAUGACGGUUCAACCAAAACUACAUUCAGCUGUGAUGCAACCGGUUUUCCUCAACCUAAGAUCCAGUGGAUGUUUCAUAAUGUUACUCUGCCAAUCGGAACAACAUAUCCUGUUAAUAUCACAGACGUUCCUAAUGCAAACCUCACUGCAUCGAACGAUGGACGUUUGGAAGUGAUGUCCAACAACCGUGACGGUGGCUUUGGAGUAGAUGUGGUUUGUUUUGCUAAUAAUACUGAUGAAAGCAACGAGCAAAAUUUUCUGGUCAGAUUUCUUAAAGGUGUGUGAGUGUUGAGAGUCUUCGUUGGACUAUUAACGUGCAUUUGCUUUUCACCUCUAUGGGUGAUAUUUGGUUUUUACCUCAGUCAAGAAGUGAUGUUUUCAUCCCAUAUGUGUCUGUGUGUUUGUCUGUCUGGAGUACGAUAACUUAAAAAAUACCAAACUUUUUAUUACGAAAAUUUGUAGGACAAAUGGAAAUUAGUUACAUUUUGGUUAAAUUUGGAUAAAAAUUGGAUGCGAAAUUAGGAAACGUUUGUCUUGCUUCGCCGAGCAGAGUAAAGUUUAUAAUUCUAAAGUUCGUUUACUUUAGGUUUCCUAAUAUAUAAAUAGUUUAGGUUUCCUCCUAUAGUAACACUGGAUCAAUAAGAGAUGAUCCUCACUGGACCUCUGGGGAGAACAGUUUAAAACUGACAGACCUAGCUAUAUCCAGUAUAAAUAAAGUUAGUUUAGUUUAGGUUUCCUCCUAUAGUAACACUUGAUCAAUAAGAAAUUAUCCUCACUGGACCUCUAGGGAGAACAGUUUAGAACUGAUAGAGCUAUCCAGUAUAAAUAAAGUUAGUUUAGUUUAGGUUUCCUCCUGUAGGAACACUGGAUAAAUAAAAGAUGAUCUUUACUGCAUGGACCUCUAAGAAGAACAGUUUAGAACUGAUAGAGCUAUCCAGUAUAAUUAAAGUUAGUUUAGUUUAGGUUUCCUCCUGUUUAUAGUAACACUGGCCAGGUCAAUAACAGAUGAUCCUUACUGGACCUCUAGGGAGAACAAUUUAAAACUGAUAGAGUUAUCCAACCAGCAGGGUAUAAAUCACUCAUUCAUAUAGAUCGCUAUAACUGAUCGCGCGCAAAUUAAAAGAACGCAAACUUCAAGAACACAAAAUUAUUUCAAUCUUUUACACAUGUAUCCUUUUUUUAGCUCCAAAGAUUUUAUCAACCAUGUUCGAUAUUGCAAUACCUACGGGGCGGCGCGAUCCUGUCGUGAUUCCAUGCCAAACCCUAGGUUAUCCAAGACCAUUUAUUGAAUGGGUGUUUGAAAACGUGAGAAUAAAUGCCACAAGUCGUAAACUCGAUGGUACACCAUGUCUUAUUGGUCAGCCCGGGUUUGUUAUCUCUUCGUAUAAAGUGUAUGAAAAUGGCUCAUUGCUUAUUUAUAAUCCAUAUUGCGCGGAACAAAUACCUUAUGAGAAUUUUACUUGCGUGGCCUCGUCGUUUCUUGGCGUAGAUACACAAUCCCAUGCGUUUUCUGUUGGAAAGUGUAAGUGAUCUGUAGACCAUGGUAUUCGGCAGCCCUACACACGCAAAAAUCUGACAACUUGUCAACAAGAUGUGUUCGCAACAGGCUCGUAGCAAGCUUGUCAACAAGUUGUAACAAUGCUGUUAUUUUAUCAAGUUGCUACAAGGUUGUCACUCACAACUUGUUGAGAAAUUAAUGAAUUGCAGGACGAUAACAAGUUGUUGAAACAACAAGGCGUUAACUACUUGUCAACAAGCUGGGAACAAGCAGUGCGAACACAUCCUGUUGACAAGUUGUUGGAACAGCAAUUACUACAAAUCUGCUGCAGGUUUGUUACAACCUGUGUGUUUUUACGUGCGUAUAGGCAUGUGAGUUAUUUAAAAAUGUGAAUACUAGAAUCCCUUAUUACGUUUUGGUAGCGCUUUGCAUUGUGGUUAUAGUGCUAUCACUGAUAAAGAUAGCGGCCUCCAAUGAAAAUAUUGAAUGCUUGAAAUAUUGUUCUCGCGAAUAUUUUGCUGUUGGCUAUCGUGCAUCUGACCCUAGCUUUUUUAAAAGUUCUUGCACGGGUCAGGACAAAAAAUAAGCCAUCUGGAAUAUCAGUGAUACCACAGACUAUAGCCACAAUGCAAAGCGCUACGAAAACGUAAUAAGGGGAAUCAUCAAUUGCAUGGGUAUAUAGCAGUGGGAGUAUAACUGUUAGUUAGUGGGCAGAGGCGAUGUUUUCCAUGCUAUAUAUGCUUGGUUAUGCUAUGCUAAUAAACCACCAUCUACUGUAAAUAAGUUAAAAACAAUAUAUUUCUAAAAGUUAAUGCAAAUAAUUAAAAAUUUGCAGAGCAUCCCCCGUUGUUAUGGCUGUAGCUUCGCCACUAAUAGUGGGAAUAAAUAUUAGACUAGUGGAAACAUGAAAUAACGUCGAACCGACUUACGUGCUAAAGUUGGUACAAAAUGCGGGAGUCCAAUAACAAGCAGUAGAACGUCUGCGUUUUUACGUGUGCAGUCGAAUGAGAGCUGAAGUCCGUAACUAGGAUUUUAGAUUUACCGAGUCGAAUGUCGAAGGUGCGGGAAAAUUUUUUAGUAAGUUGGAGGGCGUGCCCUUCCAAGAAAAUUUUUGACUUUCUACAGCAAGGCUUAGAAGAAAUGCUAUUUCCUGCAUUCUGAAAGCAGUUUUAACAAGAAAUCAAACUCAUAAACAGUGAUACAAUCACUAGAAUUUGACGAAUAUAUUCAAAAUUGCUUAGUUUUUGUUUAUUUUCUUUGGAUUAUAGUGAUGACCUUCCCUUUCGAAAUUGUAUUGGUGAAUGCAAGUCAAUUUGGCAACCGAGCUGGCGUCGUGGCAAAGGUAUGAUGAUACACAUGAAUCCUGUGCUCUGAAAACAAACUCUUCAACAUUUCGAGGAUAGGCUUCACGUCGAAAAGUUUGAAGAGCCAUCGCUUGAAAAGACAAUGGCCACGCGACUAAACGAUCUUGAGAGUUUCAAAUCUGGUUCUAAUUUCGAUGAGAGUUGAGCAGAGUUUUGCGCUUGUCCAGGGGCGAAACUAGCCCCUAUGAAAUCCUUUUUUUGGACCAAUAUCUGUAAAAUUUAGGUCUAUGAAUUCUAUAAACUCCCUCUGAAAACUCUGUAAGUUACUUAAUAACUCCACAUUCUAUCAUUUACAAUCUUUGAUUGCCCUGCCAAUCCAGGUGAUUGCCCCGCCAACCCAGAUAUUUGUAUUUUUUUUUUUUGGGGGGGGGGUGCCACACCCCUCAUAUCCCCUCAAGUUUCGCCCCUGCGCUUGUCAUGAAUCCUCAUGCAACUCUUGUUCUCGUUUGACCGGGGCAUGGGAGUUGAGAAAAUCUGCUUCCCAUUUCUCAUGAGUUUCCACUUGUUCUUGUUUGACCAUCAUAAUCUAAUAUGAGGGUUGAAUCUUGCAGGCUCUCGUUGCUAGCUUUCAACACCGAUAUUUUUCUAAUAUAAAUACUGUUCUUUUCUUUUUUAAGAUCGAGAGUGUGUUUAAAGAUAGUACCAAUAGUUUAUCACUGCGUUCAAUGAACGUUACCUUUGUGAAUGUUACGUAAGUAUUGGCUUUCGGUAAACUUUCGAAUUGUAACUCGCCGAAAAACACCCGGGUUCUCAAACGUACCCAAGUAAAUCUUCAAUUAGCUGUUGAAAUUGCAAGGAACGAAUUUAUUUCGCUCAUAGGUUUUCCCCAAGUAUUUGUUCAGCUAUACAGACAUUAGAUCGAUUCCUCUUUUAUUAUUAUUAUUAAAACUUUAUUUAAAGACCUUUAAACACGAAAUUCCUGUUUCAAAAAUGAACUAUAAUAAUAUACUAACAAUGAUGAUUGCUUUAAAUUGUUUUUGAAAGUUGCUAUACAGGUGUAGUAUUAAUGGCUUCAACAGGUAUGCUAUGUCACAGGAAACAUAAUGUUUUUUAGCCUAAUAAAAAUUUACUUGCAAAUUUUCAGGUCUGGAAUGGUGCGAUUUGUCCUUUCUUGGCUAGAGCAACGUCUUAAGCAGAAGAAAUACAUUGUUACAAUUAACUCUAAAGACCAUGUCAAUACUGCACAGCUAGCGAGGGAUGUCCGCAACAAGCUGAAGGAAAAUGGAGUUGAUGUAGCUUACUUUUUUAUUGAUGGUAUGAUAUGUUAUACCUCUUCACAACAAACCAAUUCGGAGCAUAUCCAAAUAAUGUAUAACAUGUAGCUCAGAUUGGAAAAUUAGAAUAGGCAUAUCAAAGUAUUCACAAUUGUUCAAUCAUCAUUUCAAUAUGCAAAAAGUUGCUCAAAGAACAAUUAGUUUACGCAUUUUGAAUCGAAAAUAUAUUCUCUUAAAGUGUGACUUAUGAAUGACCCAAAUAUGAUUUUUGAUAUGUAUAAUAUUUGGGUCGUUCUUGAUCAACUUUUUCAAUGUCAAAGUUUCUGGCUAUGAUGUCAUUAGGUGAAUUUUUGGUACAAAAAACAAAAUCACCUAAUGACAUCAUAUCCAGAAACUUUGACAGUGAAAAAGUUGAUCAAGAUGGAUUUUUUUAUUAUAAAGAUAUAUUACAUUUCUUCAACGCAUGACCCAAAUAUUACACAUACAAAAAUUAUAUUUGGGGUUAGUCGCACUUUAAGUGUACUGUAUUUUUCUUUAAAAAACUCAUUAAUAACUCAUGAGGAAAAUACAAAAGAAAUGAAUGUUGUAUAUCAGCUAAAGAUCGGCUGCUCAUGUUUUAACUAGUACUUAUUUUGCCUUACAGAGAAGACAAAAUAAGCUAGAACAAAUAGUAUUUGAAUGGUCUCAAUGUGCAACCAAAACCCUCGGUUUUAUAAUUAUUAUUAAAAAAAAUUCAUUAAUAAUUCUUGUUGUUUCAUAUCUGAUGAAGCACUUUUGCUAGUGUUUUAAAUAGUAGUUGUGCAACUCAUUAAUAAUUCAUGAAGAAAACAGAAACGAAAUUAUGAGCGUGAAGGAGUUUGUAUAUCUGAUACAGAAAUCAUGUUGAUUUACAUAAACUUUAAGUUUAAUUUUCUCACCAAAUAUCAUUCAUUUAUUUUAAAUUGUUAAAAAAUACGAAUGUUCUCAUCGAGACGUUUCACAAGCUAUAUAAAGCAUUCGCGUGCAUGUUGUAUCAGACAUACAACCUCUCGCCUUCGGCUCGAGUUUGUAUAUCUGAUGCAACAUGCUUUAUCUAUUACUUAAUUCAUCUUUGUGUUUAAUAUUCCACAGCUGAGCCUGGUCCCGCCACAGAUCUCUCGGUGACCGAUGUUACAGAAAAGAAAAUAUCUUUCAGUUGGAAGAAACCAGAUUACUUCACUGUUGAAAAGUAUCAAAUACAGACUAACGAUGGUGGUGGAUCCAAUUGGGUCAAUCGUGCUCAGGUCUGGUUAUAACGGAAAGUUUUCUCACCCGAAACAAUUAGUGUAAGGCACCACCCUGAUCGACAGUAUUUUAAUACGAAUAUUUCUUUAAUACGGCGGUGAUUCUCUGAUAUUACUUGGAGCUCUUUAAUACAGACACCUCUCUACUAUGGACGCCUUUCUAAUACGGAGACCUCUCUACUACAGAAACCCUCUAAUACGGAAAAUUCUCUAAUAUGGACGCCUCUUUAAUACAAACACUUCUCUGAUACGUAUAUCUCUUUAGUGCAGACACCUCUCUAAAAUGGACACUUCUCUAAUACAGACCUCCCAUUCUUCCCGUGGCUACGCCUCUGUCUUCGGCGUUCGUACUCUAAAGAUUUAUACCAAUAUUUGAACAGGUUUCAGGUGAUAAAACCAGUUCUGUUCUUGAUGGGCUGGAGUCUGGAACAAAGUAUUUGAUAAGAAUGGAGUCUGUAAACAACAAAGGAACUGGCAUUCCUUCAGAGCAUGUACAGACCAAAACUGAUGGUAGGUUUGUUGACACUGGAUAACUCUAUCAGUUUUAAGCAUCAAAAGUCAUCCUUUAUUGAUCCAGUAUUUCUACAGAGGGAAACCUAAACUAAAUUAACUUUAUUUAUACUGGAUAGCUCUAUCAGUUCUAAACUGUUCUUCCUAGAGGUCCAGCAAGAGUAAUUCUUUAUUGAUCCAGUGUUACUACAGGAGGAAACCUAAACUAAACUAACUUCAUUUACCUGUAUAUAGAAAAGCUCUAUCAGUUCUAAACUGUUCUUUCUAAGGCGUAUUACUUAUUGAUCCAGUGUUACUACUGGAGGAAACCUAAACAAAAAGACCCGAAAUUUAUUUAUAUUGGAUGUAAGCUCUACUAGAUUAGUUCUGAACUGUUCUUCCUAGAACUCCAGCAAAAGUCACCUAAGCUGAACUAACAUUAUUCAUACGAGAUAGCUUUAUCAGUUCUAAACGGUACUUCCUAGAGGACCAGUUGUGGUCAUCCCUAAUUGGUUGAGCGUCACUACACCCAUUAACAACUGCCCGUUUUAGAUUCUGUCCCAGUCGUAAUAAUAGUUGUGGUUGUAAUUCUCGUCGUUCUGGUGGUGAUAGCAGUGGUCCUUGGUGUUCGUUAUUACCGCCACAAACCAACGAGAGAUGACCUCGUUGUAAUAACAAUGGAUGACAAUAACGUAUGUGUAUAGAAGAUGUGCUCUCAUUAUGACAGUACUUCAUUAUAGAAAAUUAACGAUGCCAAUUGUUGUUGGUCUUUUAAAAACAAACCAUAUUAACGCGAAUUAUUUUUAUUAAUCAUGAAUUGCGUGCUUGUCGCGUUAAUGAGUGCAUUGUAAUUUCCUAUAAUAAGCGGAUCAGAUAUUCUUCAUUAUAUUGUAUUAGUGUACCAUACCAUUUACCAUGUCGUAUGUACCAUGUACCACGUACGGUAUGUAUUAUGUACCAUGUAUCAUGUACCACACCAUAUUACAACACACCAUACCAUAAAUACACCACAUCAUACCACACCUCACCAUACCAUGUCAGACCAUACCAUAUUGUACCAUGCAAUACCAUACCACACCAUACCAUACCAUACCGUACCAUACCGUACCGUACCAUACCAUACCAUACCAUACCACACCAUACCACACCAUACCACACCAUGCCAUACCAUACCAUACCAUACCACACCAUACCAUACCAUACCACACCAUACCAUACCAUACCAUACCAUACCACACCAUACCAUACCAUACCACACCAUGCCAUACCAUACCAUACCAUACCAUACCAUACCAUGCGACAUUACGCCAUACCUCACCAUAGAGAACCUAACAUUCUACGUAUUUCUUUGCAAACAGCCCUAUUUCCUUUCCAUACCGGGAGUACAACCCGCAACCAUUUAUGAACGCGACAUACCAUAUCAUACCAUACCACACCUCACCAUACCAUAUUACAUCACACCAUAUCACACCACACCAUAGCAUAUCGUACCAUGUAAUACCAUACCACACCAUGCCAUGCCAUACCAUACCAUACCAUAUCAUAUCAUACCAUACCAUACCAUACCAUACCAUAUUAUACCAUACCAUACAAUACCAUACCAUACCAUACCAUACCAUACCAUACCAUACCAUACCAUACCAUACCAUACCACGCGACAUCACACCAUACCAUACCAAACCUAACAUUCUACACAUUUCUUUGCAAACAGCCCUAUUUCCUUUCCAUACCGGGAGUACAAACCACAAACAUUUAUGAACGUGACAACAGAACAUUUUGCCCGUUCCUUGGUGGUGAUCUUCAAGUGAACUUGGGCAUAGACGAAAAAGAAUAUUUUUCAUGGCGAGAAAUCGCUCGUGAUUCGCUCCAAAUGGGAGACGCGCUUGGUCAGGGGCAAUUUGGCAUGGUCGUAAAAGCAAUGUGGAUGAACGAAGAGGGAAAGAAACCACUUCCAGUGGCAGUGAAGACGAUCAAGGGUGAGUUGAUUUGUACAGUACAUCUGCAAACAAGUUGUUACAAAGUUUUGUCAAGCUAAUAGGGAGCUUAAGGUAAUUCCGCAGUAAUUGUUCCCGAAAUGAGAAUGUGCCGAAACUUCCCAGGCAUGGAGUUUAUGAUAUACUUAAAGUAAAAUCGCACAAAAAAGUUGGGGUCACCGAACUCGUUAAGAAGAUAUGACAAUCACAAUAUACCACCUUUACCCCAAUAUGGCGCCAUCUUGACGCUCAUUACGAGUAACAGCAAAAUCACAACAGCCCGAUAUUUAUUGACGUUUUUAGCGCGGAUUUUGCUUUAGUAAACCUAUCUUGUAAUUAUUUUUGAAAAAAUAUUGUGUUUUGAGCAAAAUGAAACUGCUAACGUGUACAAUUCUGAUCCAUAAAUGUCUUUUCCACAUUUCUUUACAUAUUUUUCUUUGAGAACAUGCAUUGAUAAAGGAUUUUUUUCAAGUCCAGAAAUGAUUUUUCUUUCAAUUUCGGAUAUGAAAUGUAAAAUGCAUUAAAGAAAUAAAUUAUCAGUUAAAAAACGGGGGUCACCGAUCUUUUUAGGGAAUUGUGGCAUUAAAACGUGAAAUACAAAUAGGUAAAUAAAUAUACUACAUACACAGGAAACCCUAGCUACACUUUUGUAUUCCUUUUUUGAAAACAUUGAUUUUAACGUAAUUCUUUGCACGAAUGUAACCAAAGAUGUUUUGAAGUAACAUAUUAAAAUUGUCAUAAAAUGAUUUUUUCAGUAAACGGUACGUAUAAUGGAUGAAAUUAUAAGUUAUACGAUAUAUAAAGACUGUUCGUGACAAGUUGCUACGAGCUUGUUGUCAUCAACUUGUUAACAACUUGUUACGUGCAGACGGUAUCAGACUUGUUGAAACAUUAGGGCCAUUAUAUUUAUACGGAACAAAAUAAGACGCGACUUACAUAAGACGCGACUUAAAUAAGACGCAAGUUUGUCGUAUAGAAGGUACAAAAUUCUUAUGUAAGACGCGCGGUCUUGGAUAAGACGCGUCUUACAUAAGAACAGGCCUUUUAGCUGUUCUUAUUUAAGUCGCGUCUUAAAUAAGAAAUUCUGGACAAAAAGUCUAGUAACCGCAUGCCAGAAACUUGAAACAACGUAAAAUUAUUAGCCUUGCAUAUUAAAACAAGAACAACCAAAACAACAUUAUAGCUAUAGCAAAUAAAUAAGACCAAAGCCGUAGAGAUACUAUGCGAUCACUCCACUUAUUUAAGUCGCGUCUUAUGUAAGUCGCGACUUAUUUUGUCCCGUAUAAAUGGCCCUAAUUUGUUGCGAGUCUGUUGGCCUCAUCAACCUUGUUACAAGAUGAUAACAACUUGUUCAAGACUUGUCAACAACUGGGAACAAGCAGUGCGAACAUAUCUUGUGAGAUUCUUGCAGGUGUAGAGUGUGAGUUCUUGUUAGCUCUUCCCAUGUAUAAUAUGUUUUUCCUUCAAUAUUAAAAUUCCAGAUAAUGCCACUGAUACAGACAGGAAAGAACUUUUCAAAGAAUUAAAAUUGAUGGCGGAGAUCUCGGAGCAUCCUAAUAUUGUCAAAAUGAUUGGAGCUUGCUCAAAAGGAGGUAAAAUGUGGAUAGAUGGACUAAGAGCAGUGGCGGAAAUCGCCAACCCCCCCACCUUCACGGAAAAUUGACGAAUUUUCGGAAAUUUUGACCCAAAAGAGGGCUAAAAACAGUCUUUUCGAGUGCAAAUGGGGGGGGUCGGAAAUUUGAAAGUUUUGUCGGAAAUUUAGGAGGCUUUGCCCCCCCCCCCGAAAAAGUGAAUUUCCGCCACUGACUAAGAGUUUAAGAUUUUUGUUCGCAUAAUUAAACUGCAGUCCAUUUCCCACAAGUUCAGAAAGAGAUAUAUCUCGCAUAUGUAUUUGGUCCAGUAUCACAACAGUUGGAACCUAAACUAAACUAACGUUAUUUACACUGUAUAGCUCUUUCAGUUGUAAACUGUUCUCCCUAGAGGUUCAGUAAAGAUCAUCUAUUAUUGAUCCAGUGUUACUGCAGAAGGAAACCUAAACUAUUUACUGGAUAGCUGAAGCUCUUUCAGUUCUGAACUGUUCUUCCUAGAGGCUAGAGGUCCAGUAAGAAUCAUCUGUUAUUGAUCCAGUGUUACUACAGGAGGAAUCCGAAACUAACCUAACUUUACUUAUUUAUACUGGAUAGCUCUAUCAGUUCUAAACUGUUCCAUCUAAAGGUCCAGUAAGAGCCAAUUCUUUUACGUCUUGCUGUAUCUUACGAAAAAAUGCAGUUAUAUAUUAAUAUACAAUUGUAAAUGUUAUAUUUUUUAUAGGUCCUUUAUGGAUAAUCGUUGAGUUAUGCGAGCAUGGUAAUCUGUUGAAUUUCCUGCGUAAAAAUCGUCAAGAGAUUUCAGGGAAAACGGGUGAUUUCACCUCCUCAGUCGAUCCCCUAACCCGAGUGAGGAUCGCUUUUGAUGUUGCAAAGGGUAUGCACUAUUUGGAAGACAAAAAGGUAUGUUUGAUUGGUGUCGAGGACACAACAUCCAUGAGACCUCCCCGGCCAGCCUACCACCUUGGAAGUACAUGAGCAGCAGUGUUUUAUCAAAUAUAAAGAUACGAGGCAAAGCCAACUAUCUUUAUAGGUCUGAUAAAACACGCACUGCGAUCGAAUGUUUUGAAUUGCUUCAAAAACGAUCGAUCUAGUAAGUUCAUUGGCGAAGUAAUUUUCAAAAAAUACGUUGGGUAAGUCGAGAAAAUCAAAGUUAAAGUUUAUGUAAAUCAAGGGAAAUUUCUAUCACAUAUAAAGAUACGACACGCUUAUGAUUUUUCUUUGUGUUUUCCUCAUGAAUUAUUGAGUUUUUGAACGGGAAGUAACGAAACAAAUGGCUCGCAUAGGCUCGCAUCUACAAUGCAAAACUUUCUAAUCCUUUACAACAUGUUUUUAUCAAUUAAAAGUUAUUGUUUUCAUGAAAGAAAUCCCCUGUACUAGCACUAAGUUGCAAUGCAAAUGCAUUAUUCUAGAUCGUUCACAGAGAUUUGGCCGCCAGGAACGUUUUGUUGGGGAAGAGCAAAAUUGCUAAAAUUGCCGACUUUGGUUUAUCUCGUGAUAUCUAUGAACAGGGAACGUACGAAAAGAAGACUGGGGUAUGUUAAAAAUCAUACCAUACCAUACCAUACCAUACCAUACCAUACCAUACCAUACCAUACCAUACCAUACCAUACCAUACCAUACAAGUUGUAACAAACAUGCAGCAGACUUGUGGCAAUACUGUGUUCGCACUGCUUGUUUUCAGCUUGUUGACAAGUUCUCAACGACUUAUCGACAACUUGCUACAAGGAUGUUGAGCUCAACAGGCUUGUUGCAAGUUGUUCCAACAACUUGUUAUCGUCCUGAAAUUCAACAAUUUGUCAACAAGUUAUGAGUGAUUACCUUGUAACGACUUGAUAAAAUAACAGCAUUGUUACAACUUGUUGACAAGCUUCCUACAAGCCUGUUGCGAAAUGCGAACACAUCUUGUUGACAAGUUGUGAGAUUUUUACGUGUGUCACGGAAGCUAACCAUUUUUCUUAUUCUUCACGUUUAGGGAAAACUACCAGUCAAGUGGAUGGCCAUUGAAUCUCUAAAAGACCAAACCUACGAUUCUAAAAGCGACGUGUAUGAUUAAGUUCAAUUAAUCUCAAUUAUGAUUUUUGGUGAUCAAAUUAUGAUGUCAGUAAUAUCCGAGUCAUUCUAAGAAGAUUUGUAUUAUGAAAUUUCCCGUGUUGACAUGGAGUUAUAUCAACACGGCUCUUAGCCAAUCAGCGUUCAGAAUUUACAAAUGCUAUAUUAUACAAUUACUUUAUGGUUUCCGUGUUUGGAUGGCCUGAUCCAAACACGCGGGAAUGUUGCGAGAGUUAAGAAAAGCGAGAGAAAUCACGAGCCGAAGGCGAGUGAUUUUGCCCGCUUUUCUUAACUCGAGCAACAUUCCCAAGUGUUUGGAUCAGUCCAUCCAAACACGGAAACCAUAAAGUAAUUGUUUUAUAAAAUAACAACAACACGGUAGUCUUCCGUGUUUGGAUGGCCUGAUCCAAACACGGCUUUCGACCAAUCAGAAUACGCGUUAUAUACAUGUUAUUUUAUAAUAUAACAUCAUAUCUGGCAGUUGUAACUUACAAUAUUAAAGUUGAAGUUUCCUACUAUAAAGAUAUGCCAUUUCUUUUUAGAAUGACUAGAAUAUUACCCUAUACCAAAAAAUCAGAUUUGGGGUUAGUGACACUUUAACAAUAAACCAUCUAUCGCUAGUCAAAAAGAGAUAUUAUAUAUUUUAAAAAAGUCAUUCUUAACUUUAGGUGGUCCUAUGGUGUUCUCUUCUGGGAAAUUGAAAGUGCUGGUAAAUAUCUAAGUGACGUCAGUAGAUGUUCUGCGGUAGUUUUCUCAUAAAAGGUGAAAACGUGUCAGCAUUCAAUUUUGGUAUUUCUUACAGGCAUGGUACCAUACCCUGGCGUUGGUGGAAGGGAUGUUAUUGGUUUUCUCUUGAAUGGUUUCCGUUUGGAUAAACCUUCCGAAACACCUUUUGAAAUGUAAUUCUAUUUAUCUUCUUCGUACGAGUCACGAUUUAGGAAGAGUUACUAUUUUUAGACUUUUAGGUUUAGGGUUUGGAUUAGGGAAAGGGUUAGGAUUAAGAUUAGGGUAGGAUUAGAGUAAGGAUUAGGGUUAGGGUCAGGGUAAGGGUUAAGUUUAAAAUACAAAAGAAUACAAAAUUACAAUUUGCCCUUCCUGAAACGUGACAGGUUUGAACGUGUGCCAAACUACCAUCAUCAUCAUCAUCAUGAUGAUGAUGAUGAUGAUGAUGAUGAUGAUGAUGAUGAUGAUGAUGAUGAUGAUGAUGAUGAUCAUGAUGAUGAUGAUGAUGAUGAUGAUGAUGAUGAUCAUGAUGAUGAUGAUGAUGAUGAUGAUGAUGAUGAUGAUGAUGAUGAUGAUGAUGAUGAUGAUGAUGAUGAUGAUGAUGAUGAUGAUGAUGAUGAUGAUGAUGAUGAUGAUCAUGAUGAUCAUGAUGAUCAUGAUGAUGAUGAUGAUGAUGAUCAUGAUCAUGAUCAUCAUCAUGAUCAUCAUCAUGAUCAUCAUCAUGAUCAUCAUCAUGAUCAUCAUCAUGAUCAUCAUCAUCAUCAUCAUCAUCAUCAUCAUCAUCAUCAUCAUCAUCAUCAUGAUCAUGAUCAUCAUCAUGAUCAUGAUCAUCAUCAUGAUCAUCAUCAUGAUCAUCAUCAUGAUCAUCAUCAUGAUCAUCAUCAUGAUCAUCAUCAUGAUCAUCAUCAUCAUCAUCAUCAUCAUCAUCAUCAUCAUCAUCAUCAUCAUCAUGAUCAUGAUCAUGAUGAUCAUGAUCAUGAUCAUCAUCAUCAUCAUGAUCAUCAUCAUGAUCAUCAUCAUUAUCAUUAUCAUGAUGAUUAUAACACAACCAUUAUAAUCACUGUCAUCACCAUCAUUACCACAACUAUCACUAUCAUUUUGACCAACACCACAAUCACCACCUUCAUCACCGCCAUUAAUAAAACCAUCUUAGACACCAUCUUCACCAGUAUCACCAAUUUUACCACUUUUACUACCUUCAUCAUCAUGAUUAUCACCAUAUCAUCAUCACUGUCAUCAUUGCCAACCACCACACCAGAAGAGAACUUUCACAUUGUACAUACUCCAAUAACCAGACACUUCUUUCAAUUAGCGGACACGACCCUCUCUGGUCCCAAUGUAAACACAACACUCUAUUAUUAUUGCUCCCGUUUGGUAGACGUCUACCUUCUUUAACCGGGCACAUUUGUGAGUAGCUGCAUUUGUUUUUGCUAGUUAUGAAAUCAUGAAGAAAUGUUGGGAACCAAGUCCGAAAGUCAGACCUCAUUUUAAAGAAAUCGAGUCGGAGCUUGAAGCUUACCUUGAAGAAAGAGCGGUAUGAAAUGAUAUUUAUAAAUUGCCAAGUUAGACGACUUAUAUCUCAUAUAAGUAAAAUUAGUUUGUUUCCUCUUGUGGUAACACUGGAACAAUAAGGAAUGACACUCUGGGGAAAACAAUUCGGAACUGAUAAAGCUGUCUGCAUUAUCAAUGGCUGUCUACUAUAAAUAAGCUCGUCUAAUUAAGGUUACAGAACACCUUUGAGUGUUAAUUUUUCCUAAAAUUUUUUUAUUGGUUUCCAUGAAAGCAUUAAGACUAGUUCUACUAUCUGACCAAGUUUGGACGAAAAAUGUUGAAAACUCGCAGAGUUAUUUAAUAAAAUACAUUUCGCUUGCAAUAAGAAAAACAUUGAAAAUGUAAUAUUCAAAUUCAAUUUUUUCCCGAAGAAUUUUACGGCAAUUACUGAUUUUUAAACGAGUUGUGCUCCUGCGGCCGGGUUUUAACGAAUUUUUCUCAAAUUUUCACAGGACAUAUCUAAAGACGUCAGUUUCAAAAUUGUGUUUGGCUUUGUUCCAACUUUGGAUAUUUUGACAAUAAGGAGCAAUUCACACAAACGAUUCAGAAAUAUAUUGCAGUCGUCAAAGAAAUCGCCAAUUCAGCGGAAUGACGAAAUAAACAAAAGUUUCCGAACACAAUUUUUUAGAACAACUAUUUUACUGUAUAAAAAUGAUAUUUUCAUAAAUAUAUCUUAAAACCAGUAGGAACAUAACUCAAAAGCGUAAAGGUAACGCGACUUAAGAUUUUCCUGAAUAAUUCUUACAUUAUUUUUAUUGUUUGUCAAUUUUACAACUUUGUCAUAUUUUGCAUGCAAUGGCUAACAUUUGGUGAAAAUUUGAUGAAAAUCGGACUGACUUUGAGCGCGCAGUAGCGAUUUUCCACAAAACGCCAAAAAGGGUGUCCUGUAACCUUAAGGUUUCCUCCUGUAGUAAUACUGAACCAAUAAUGGAAUGCGUAUACCUCAAAGAAGAACAGUAGAGAACUGAUAGAAAAGAUAGAGCUAGAAAAGGCAUUAGCGAAAAACAGCUGUCGUAGUAAAUGGGCUUUAUUUAUUUCCAGGAUUAUCUACCACUUAUGAUAGACGAAGAUCAAGGUGAUCACGAAGAAGCCUACAUCAACUAUAUUGUGGGUAUCGAAGACGAUGAAACACCAAACGACACAAAUUUGUAG